CAAAUAAUUUUUCGUCCCUCUUUUCACAACAACAACAACAAAAACCAUACUUUGAUUCAUCUUUCGAACCCUCUUCAUCUCCCUCAACUGGUGUUGUUUCAGUGCUUUUGGGAAUUAAAAAAAAAACCGAUUUUGAACAACACCCGUUUGAGAUUUUUUGGUUUCAAGAAACCCCUUUUUCAAGAAUUCUUUAAAUCGAUUAAAUUAUUCGAUUCUGACCCGAUUUUUGUAAUCGGAUUUUUUUUCUGAUUAAACCCUUUAUUACCCUUUGUAUUGUUGUGGUUUUUUUUUGUUUAAUUAGUUACAGGAAAAUGGUGUCUGCAAAUAGGGAGAUGGUGGUUUAUUGCUUUGAUACACUUGUGGCUCAUUACAAUGAUGAACAAGUUCCCCCUCCUGCUUUUGAUGAGGGUCAACACCCAUUAUUUGUGACUUGGAAGAAAGUGGUAAAUGGUUAUGAACCCCGUUUACGUGGAUGCAUAGGGACACUUUCUGCUCGUGAUAUAGUCAACGGUUUCAAGGACUAUGCUUUAACAAGUGCUCUGAGGGACCAUCGAUUUCCUCCAAUACAAGCUAAGGAGUUACCGUCCUUGCAAUGUACGGUUUCAAUUCUUACAAAUUAUGAAGAUGCUGCUAACCAUCUCGAUUGGGAGGUUGGAAAGCAUGGUAUAAUUAUUGAAUUCACUGAUCCUGACUAUAAUACCAAGCGAAGCGCGACAUACUUACCUGAUGUCGCUUCUCAAGAAGGCUGGACAACAAUCGAAGCGAUCGACUCAUUGAUGAGGAAAGCCGGUUAUAGAGGUGCGAUUACCGACUCCGUGAGGAACCGUAUUCGACUCACUCGCUACCAAAGCACAUUGUUCACUAUGCACUACAAUGACUAUGUUAACUAUGUGAAAACGACAAGGGGUGCGGCCCCGUCUGUUACGGGCCUCAAAGCUUAACUAAGCUAAUUAACAUCGAGUUCCGGAAACUUAUUAUGGGUUCAAUGGUUGUAUUCUCAGUUUAUCUGUUUCUGCUUUCAAGUUGCUGUGACUAUUGCAAUCUUAAUUGUUCUCUAAUUUGGUUGAUAAAGUUUAUGAUUCUUGAUAUUUGGUGUUUGUAAUAUAUGUAUUUUGAUUGGCGAUGUUUA